AUGGAGGGCGGAGUAGACAUGGACGAGAGAGUCGAGACACCACCAAACUCUGAGCGGCAAGAGGCUGUCGCAGAAGCGGAGCAAGAAGAGGAAAACAAGUUCCAAAGGGCUAUUGGCGCGUGGAGGAACAUCGAUCUCACGACGCUCAUUCCGCAACUCGAUACCGUAGCCUCAGACCUCGUCGCACACCAAAGAGACACUCUUACGCAAAGAAAAGACCUCGCGCAGAAGACCAAAGACUUCCGGAAACUUGACGAUGCCAGCAAGCUCAGCGACAUCAAAGGUCUCUUGAAGUCAUACCAGAACUUCAUUGAUCUCAUUUCCAACCAGUCAAAGACCGUACAGGCUGCCUUCUUCCAAGUCUACUCGCCGCUCUCUGAAGCACCCGACCCUUACCCUCUCCUCGAGGCCUCCGUAGACUCACUCGUAACCUCCGAAGAGCUUGUGCCGAAGCUCACGUCCGAGAACGAGCGCCUGCAGAAGACGGUAGCGAGUCUUACAACACAGCUUGAUGAGUCUGACAAAAAGUUGGAACAGGAACGGACAGCGAGGAAGACACUCGAGGAUAGCCGAGACAGCAAGAUCAGGGAUGUGGAAGCGUCAUGGUCGGCUGUGCUGAAUGAGAAGCAAGACAACUGGGCUUCAAAGGAGAAGAGUCUAGAAGAGAAGGUUGAAAACCAGGAUCGGCUGUUGAAGGAGCUCAAGGCCAGUUACGAGGUCUCACAGCGACUUGGCCAGGGAGAAGCGACUGAGGAAGAAGGCGGUCGGGGCGCUACUGCUGCGGAGCUCGAGAUCGUCAGCUCAGAGCUCGAGCGAACAAGUCAUCGACUGGCCGAAAUCACGGCACGAAACGAGCAGUUACGCCUCGAAUUAGCCCAGUCUGCAUCCGCACCAUCACAGCAGGUUGCUGUUGAAGACGACCCUGCUUUCCUGCGGUUACGUUCCGAGAACUCAUCCCUCCUACGGAAGCUUGAGAAUGCGCGCUUCGAAAAAGACUCCGAACGAACGAGGCUUGAAACUGAGACGAGAAGCUUGGAACGGGAGAUCAAGUCGCUCAGGAGCGAGAAGGAAGCCCUUCGCGAUAAAGUCCAGAAAUGGAGCGAUUACGAAAAUGUGAAACAAGAAUUAGAAGUGUUGAAGUCAAUCGAGUUCGCGACAGGCGACGAUGACGACGAAGCUACCGAGAUCGCACUCUCACAAAACAGCGCAUCUGGCAAAGGCAAAGGCGAAACAUUAGAACAGCUCCUACUUGCUCGCAACAAGAAGCUCAGCAAUGAGCUCACCGUCAUGCGUGUCUCACACCAAGAUCUUCAGACCAGGCUUGAAGCUCUGCAAGAAGAGCUCUCUAACACAAACAUGGAUUUGGAAAAGUCACGACAACUCAACGAGACAUUGGAGGCUGAUCUCGAGAAAGUCCAGCAAGAAGCUACAAAUGCCUUUGACCCAUCUGGCAUGUCAGUCGCAGGAACUUAUGUAUCGCGCCACCCGCAAUCCUCCUUUGCUGGAGGUCGACGAGGCCGCUCAUCACCCACAUCCUCCAUUAUCUCCGGCUUCGACAACUCGUCGCAAGCCCCAACGUUAGCGUCUCUACGCGCUGGAGGCAGUGGUGGCGAGCCCAUGGGAGGCGGCUCUGGUAUCCUACCCAUGGUCACUGCCCAACGCGAUCGCUUCAAGAAGCGCAACUCUGAGCUUGAGGCUGAGCUUCAAAAGUCCUACCAAACCGUCUCAUCACUGCGAAGUGAGAUUGGCGCGCUGCAAAAGGACAAUCUGGACUUGUAUGAGAAGACGAGGUAUGUAAGUAGUUACAAUGCGGUCAACCGUGGGCCAGCAUCCAGCGCCUCGAGUUACGCUGCAAACCCUAAUCCCUCCGCCAUCAACAUUGGCGAAGGGGGAGGUUCGGCGGUUGAUACCAAGUACCGCUCAGCCUAUGAAUCUAAUCUUAGUCCCUUCGCCGCGUUCCGAGGUCGCGAAAGCGCAAGGGCUAUGAAGCGCAUGCACCUCUUCGAACGUAUGAUCCUGCGGGUCACCAAGUUCGUACUCCAAACACGGACAAGUCGAAAUAUCUUUGCAGGGUACUUACUGGCGUUGCAUUUCAUGGUGUUCUAUUUCUUGUUCAGUUUCGAAGCGAGCGCAGGCGCGGCGGUUGUUGCUGGACCAAGCGUACCUGGAGGGCCUGUUCCUGGGCCAGAGGAUCCAGGGGUGUGGCAUAACGAGGACAAAGGAACGUCAUAA